AUGAAGAAUGAAUUAAAAUGCGAAGAAGAUUACGAAGAUAUGUUCAUAACAGAAGAAAAUCAUGGCGACCUACGAGAAGUGAUACGAACACUCAGUAGUGUACUUAACACUCCACGCUCCGAGCAGCUUAAUCCAGGAAUGGUCCACCAAGAAAUGAGAGAUGCUUUACUCGAACGGACGUGGCUGGAGAUUGGAGCGAACAACGCUCCUGCUCCAUAUACGAAGGCGUCUAUCGAAUUAAAAAGCGCCGGGCGCCCGCCC